CUGCCGGAAACUGAAGAAGAAGAAGACGAAACUAGAACCAAAGCAACCCGACGUGGAAGUAGUUCUCUCGUUCAGUAGAAAAAUAACACGCAUUUUGGAGCAAAUAGUCGGACAAACACAAAACACAACUAGGAUGGCCUCUGCUAACACUUCCUGGUCUGAAGAGAACCUUUCAUGUACCAUCUGUCUGGAUGUGUUCAACAGUCCAGUUACCACACCAUGUGGACACAACUUCUGCAGAACCUGUAUUCAUCAUUUCUGGGACAAAAAACUUGAGUACAAAUGUCCCCUCUGCAACGAGCUUUUCCACACUAGACCUGAUCUACGGGUCAAUACCCUCUUAUCAGAGGUGGUUGAUCGGUUUGGAACGUCCGUACGAGUAAAAGAGGAGCCUUGUGUUGAACCAGGAGAAGUUCCCUGUGACGUCUGUACUGGGACCCAGCUGAAGGCUGUGAAGUCCUGCCUAGUGUGUCUUAUCUCUUACUGCCAAACCCACCUGGAGCCACAUCAGAGAGUCACAGUCCUGAAGAAACAUCCGCUGGUCGAGCCUAUGGACCGUCUGGAAGACAGGAUGUGCGAAAAACACGACAGAAUCCUGGAGCUCUUCUGCAAGAAGGAACAGGUGUGUGUGUGUCUGUUGUGCACAGUGACGGACCACAAGUCACAUCCUGUUGUACCUCUAAAGGAGGAAUAUGAGGUGAAGACGGCCCAGCUGGGGAAGAUAGAGGCUGAAGUCCCACAGAGGAUCCAGGAGAGAAAACUAAAGAUUAAGGAGAUGAAAGACGCAGUAGACUUGAGCAAGAAAGACGCAGACAAAGAGAUAGCUGAUGCUAGGCAGGCCCUCACUUCUUUGAUAGGCUGUGUUGAAAAAUGCCUGGAUGAUUUCAACCAAAUGGUUAAAGAGAGGCUGAAAUCCACAGAGAAACAAGCUGAAGACCUCAUCAAAGGGCUGGAGCAGGAAGUAGUAGAUCUGACCAAGAGAAUGUCAACGGUGAAGCAGCUCUUACACACUGAAGACCACCUCCACUUCCUCAAGGCCUUCAGAUCCCUGAAGGAUCCUCCACGCAACAGAAUCUGGUCGACGGUUGCUGUCCGUCCUCCGUCUUACAAAGGGGCCUUAGGGAGGUCCCUGCAACAGCUGGAGGAGACGCUGAACGUCGAGAUGAAGAAGCUGCGUUCUGGUGAUGAACCGAAGAGGGUCCAGAAGCAUAAAGUUGAUGUGGCUACGGAAUCUCGUACAGCUCAUCCCCGUUUCGUCAUGAGUGACUGGAGUUGAAAAAGGGUACAGGAUGGAGGCAUUUGGAAUAAUUUCAAUCGCCAAUAUUCGGGAUUUAGACAGCAUUUAUCUGUUCUUGCAAGGCAGAGUUUCACCUUCAACGGGAGAUCUUACUUUGAGGUUGAGGUUAAAGGCAAUACUAAAUGGAAUUUAGGAGUGACCACGAUCCCCGGGUCAAUAUCAGAUCACAUCUGAUAUUGAUAACCCUGCUGUCCGUCUCCCUCUGAAAGCUGUGCUCCAGAAGGUGGGGGUGUUUGUUGAUUAUGAUAAGGGUUGGGUCUCCUUCUAUGAUGUGGGAGCCAGGGUUCAUAUCUACACUGCUAAAGGCUGCACCUUUAGUAAGCCUCUCUUUCCAAUCCUCUGUAGGGAAUACUAGCGAAGGCUUAUCAUCUGCCCGCCUGAUCAUCUCACCUGUCAAUCAAACAGACUAGGACCUUUGUUUGAUUAUAAAACGAACAAACCACCAAAACAACUAAUGUUGUUUCAUGACUUGAAUCUCUACCAUGUGAGAUCCGAGAGAACAUAACCCUGACAUUAAAAAAAUAACCUCUUUGUAAAGGAUAACAUUACAUUAUAUUCAUCAUAAAGGUCGUAAAGGUUUAUUGUUGUACAAUUGUUUAUGGGUGCAGUUAUGUAGAACUAGUUCCGGGGAUUAAUGUGUGAAUCAUAAUAAUCUUAUCAUUACUAUUUGUUUAUAUUUAGGACUCAUGAAUGACGGCACAAUAUAACGUAAAAUCGCAUUUCUGAUUUCAAUAAAAAUGGAAAAACAGCUGA